ACAGAGCGCAGCUCUGCGGAUGGGCCUGCGCAUCCACUUGUUGAGUUCACAACAGUUCACUGGCGCGCAGCUCUAUUUAAGGAAGCAACAGCAUGUCGCACGGGUUUGUCAGGCGGGAGUCGGUGGAAACGGAGAUGCACAGAUCCGGAGAGAAAGAGAAAACGUUGGUUUACACCAAGAAGAGGGGCUACGAUGUUACCCGAAACCCCCUCCUGAAUAAGGGAAUGGCUUUUUCCAUGGAGGAGCGUCUCCAGCUGGGAAUCCAUGGGCUGCUACCUCCCUGCUUUAUCAGUCAGGACAUCCAGCUGCUCCGAGUGCUCAAGAACUACGACAUGAGGAAAGAUGACCUGGACAGGUAUGUGUUCUUGAUGGGACUUCAGGACUGCAACGAGAAGCUCUUUUACCGACUCAUAACCUCAGACGUUGAGAGGUUUAUGCCCAUCAUUUACACUCCCACUGUGGGCCUGGCAUGUCAGCAAUAUGGGCUCAUAUUUAGGAAACCAAGGGGGCUCUUCAUCACUAUUCAUGAUCAGGGUCACAUUGCUUCAAUCCUCCAAAACUGGCCCGAAAAGGACAUCAAGGCAGUGUGUGUGACGGAUGGAGAAAGGAUCCUGGGACUGGGAGAUCUGGGUUGCCAUGGCAUGGGCAUCCCCGUUGGGAAGCUGGCUCUGUAUACAGCCUGUGGGGGCAUGCCACCACAGCAGUGCCUGCCUGUCAUGCUGGACGUUGGCACAGACAAUGAGGCACUGCUGAACGACCCCCUCUACAUCGGUCUGAGGCAUAAGAGGGUCCGAGGCCCGGCCUAUGAUGCCCUGCUAGAUGAAUUUAUGAAGGCCAUUUCAGACAGGUAUGGGAUGGACUGCCUGAUCCAGUUUGAGGACUUUGCAAAUAUUAAUGCGUUCCGUCUGCUGAGCAAGUACCGCAACAAGUACUGCACAUUCAACGAUGACAUCCAAGGCACAGCUGCAGUAGCAGUAGCUGGACUCCUUGCUGCCCUAAGGAUCACCAAAACCAAACUGUGUAACCACACCAUUCUGUUCCAAGGAGCAGGAGAGGCUGCGAUGGGGAUAGCUGAGCUGAUCACCAUGGCCAUGGAGAAGGAAGGACUCAGUAAAGAGGAGAGUCUGAAAAAAAUCUGGAUGGUCGAUUCAAAGGGACUUAUAGUGAAGGGGCGCGACCACCUGACUCAUGAAAAAGAGAGGUUUGCUCAUGAGCAUUCUCAGAUGAAAAAGCUGGAAGAUGCAGUCAAGGAACUAAAGCCUACAGCUAUCAUUGGUGUGGCAGCUGUUGCUGGAGCCUUCUCUGAGCAGAUCAUAAGAGACAUGGCGUCCCUUAAUGAGCGGCCAAUUAUCUUUGCUCUCAGCAACCCAACCAGCAAAGCUGAAUGUACAGCUGAGCAGUGCUACUCGUUCACAGAGGGUCGUGGUAUCUUUGCCAGUGGCAGCCCAUUUGACCCAGUCACCCUGCCUGAUGGCAGGACGCUCUACCCUGGACAAGGCAACAACUCCUACAUCUUCCCUGGUGUGGGCCUGGGUGUCACUGGCUGUGCUCUGAAGCAUAUUACUGAGGCUAUCUUCUUGACUGCAGCAGAGGCUCUUGCUCUGUUGGUGACGGAGAAAGACCUGGCAGAGGGAAGACUCUAUCCUCCUCUCAGCUCCAUCAGGGAUGUCUCUGUUAAACUAGCUGUUAAGAUCAUGGAGUACGCUUAUGAGCACAACUUAGCCACCCUUCACCCAGAGCCAGUCGAUAAAGAAGCAUACAUUCGCUCCAUCUCUUACAACACGGACUAUGAUGAGUUUGCUGUUGAAUCAUAUCGAUGGCCAGAGGACUGCAUGGCCAUGCAGUCAUGUAAACUUUGAUGUUUCAGACUCUGAAUCCACAAAAAGAAACUCUGGAAGCUUUCCUCGCAUGUGUAAAUGUUCAGGGAGCAUCAGUUAGCAGAGCGUGAAAUAUUGCACAAUUGAUUGCAGUAAAACCUUGGAAGGUCCUGCUGAAAACGUACUUGUGAUUAUACUGUAAUAAACAUUUACUUUAUGCCUGUCACUGUAUCAGAUAAAAUCUAUACAAACAUUUUGCCAAAUAAAGAUUUAGAAUACA